AUGGCAGGGGAAGGGCACCACCACGGAGGGACGAUGGAAGGUGGUAUGAUGGGAGAGGUUGCCCCGCCGGCGCCGUCGACGGCAGGAGGGGCACACCGCAUGGGCAUGGGGGGGAUGCACAUGACCUUCUUCUGGGGGAAGGACGUGCAGAUCCUCUUCUCCGGCUGGCCUGGCAGCCGCGAGGGCGUCGGCACCUACCUUCUCGCCCUCUGCCUCGUCUUCGCCCUCGCCGCCGCCGUCGAGUUCCUCUCCUACGCCGCCCGUCGCUUCGCGUCCGUCGGCCACCGCGGCGGCGGCGCCGCCCGGCUCUCCGGCGGGCUCGCCCGGACCGCCGUCCACGCCAUCCGUGUAGGGCUCGCCUACGUGGUGAUGCUCGCGGUCAUGUCCUUCAACGUGGGCGUCCUCGCGGCGGCCGUCGCGGGGCACGCCCUGGGCUUCCUCCUCUCCGCCAGCGGCGCCUUUGGCCGGGGCGCCGCCUUCUCUGAGGACAAGCUCUAG